AUGUUUUCUCUUGUCUGUCAACACGGGACCUUUGCUCUCCACCAUACCUCUCUGCAGAAUAAUUCAGAUGAAUGGGAGCUGAAGAAGAUCAUACAGCUGCCUGGGCAGUAUUAUGACUAUUCUGUUUCCACAGUGGGUGCAGCCCAAGGAGUCUUGUUCUUCCAAUGCGCUCCGGACGGCAUUCACAUAGAGAAUGUGGAUUGUUAUUCAAUGGACGUCAAGACGUAUGAAAUUACCAAAGUUUGUACGAAGAUGGACGACUUCUUAAAUCUCAAACGUGCUCUCCCCUACUUUAGCUUCCCACCGUUGUUAUCGGAACCAACUAUUUGA